AUGGAUUUUAAGUGUUUGAGCUGUAUAGUGUUUUUCCCCAUACACAUUGUCUACUACAUAUUGAAAGCAAGUGUGUACUUACUGCUACCAAGUAGACGAAGAACCCUGAUCAAGGAGGUGGUCCUGAUCACAGGCGGGGGACGAGGUAUCGGUCGUCACCUGGCUCAGGAGUUUGCCAAGCAGGGGGCUAAAAAGGUGAUCCUGUGGGGGCGCACAGAGAAGUGCCUGAAAGAGACAUGCGAAGAUAUCUCCCAAUUUGGAACAGAGUGCCACUACUUCCUGUGCGACGUGGCCAAUCGGGAGGAAGUUUACAAGCAGGCCAAGGUGGUCAGGGAGAAGGUGGGAGAUGUUACGAUCCUGGUGAAUAACGCUGCAGUGGUCCAUGGGAAAAGUCUGAUGGACAGCGACGAUGACUGUCUUUUGAAAUCUCAACAUAUCAACACAAUGGGGCAGUUCUGGACUACAAAGGCCUUCCUGCCACGGAUGCUGGAGCUCCAGCAUGGCCACGUGGUCUGUAUAAACUCCAUCCUGUCCCAGUCGCCCAUCCCUGGGGCCAUCGACUACUGCACCUCCAAGGCCUCCUCCCUGGCCUUCAUGGAGAGCCUGACUCUGGGCCUGCUGGACUGUCCCGGGGUGGGCUGCACCACCGUGCUCCCCUUCCACACCAACACUGAGAUGUUCCAGGGCAUGAGAGUCAGGUUUCCAGCGCUCUUCCCUCCCCUCAAGCCAGAGACAGUUGCUGAAAGGACUGUGGAUGCAGUCAGGACUAACACAGCCUACGUUUACAUGCCCUGGACCAUGCAUGCUCUCGUUGUCCUCAAAAGCUUCAUGCCACAAGCUGCUCUUGAAGAGAUCCACAAGUUUUCUGGAAGCUAUACCUGCAUGAAUACGUUCAAGGGGAGGACAUAAAAACAAAUUAUCCUGAAUGUCAAUACAUAUCAGAGGAACCUUACUAAGUCUGGAGGAUGUUGAAGGGAAGUAUCCAUGGGCUACAGGACAUUGGGAAACAAUGGAAGCCUUUUGAAAGUAUGCAGGAAAGUGUCUUGGAGACUUUAGCAUACUGUAUAUUGUUGCUCCGACGGGGUAGAUUUCACUUACACGCUGCUGGAACUUA